AUGGCACCCGCGACGAACAACAACAACAACAACAACAACAACAACAACACCUCCGCCUCCACCCCUACAUCAACAUCUACAUCCACAUCUGCACCAACCCUCCCCGAUCGUCCGUCAACACUGAACAAUGUAGUGAAUCAGACGGCCUCGAGCUACGCGAACCAAAACAGAUUAGGCGCCGGCAUGGGCACGAGCCCAUAUUCAUCGCCGUAUUCAUCGUAUUCGUCUCCCUACAAUCGAUUCGGCGGCGGGGGCAUGGGCGGCAUGUACAGCGGCGGAAUGUACGGUGGAGGAUACGGCAUGGGCGGCGGCAUGUACGGCGGUGGGAUGUACGGAGGAGGCGGGUACGGGAGUUACCCCGGGAUGCCUGGCGACCCGAACAACCAGAGCCUGACGCAGACGUGGAAUCAGAGCACAGCCGCGACCUUCCAGAUCAUGGAGGGCAUAGUGGGUGCAUUUGGCGGGUUCGCGCAGAUGCUGGAGAGCGCUUAUAUGACGACCCAUUCUUCUUUUUUCGCGAUGGUAUCAAUGGCCGAACAAUUAGGCACGCUUCGUCAAACCCUGGGCUCAGUCCUAGGGAUCUAUACAUUAUUGCGCUGGAUCCGCACGCUGCUGGCCAAACUGACCGGCCGCCCACCCCCGGCGGACGCCACAGCACUCACCCCGGCCAAUUUCUCCUCUUUUCUCUCUGGCGGCCGACCCCCCGCCACGUUACCAGACGGGAGUCCCGCACCUGCACGCCCGUCGAAGAAACCGUUUAUAUUUUUCGCCCUGGCCGUCUUCGGCCUGCCCUAUCUCAUGACCAAGCUGAUCCGCGCGCUGGCCAAGUCGCAGGAAGAAGAACAGCGCCGACAACAAGAACAGAUGCCUCUGAGCUACCCCAAUGCAAACGGCGAACAGGUGCCCAUCGACCCGCGGAAACUCGACUUCUGCCGAGUCCUGUACGACUACACGCCCGCGCCGAACUCGGCGGGCAUGGACCUGGAAGUGAAGAAGGGGGACUUCGUCGCCGUCCUUUCCAAGACAGACCCGAUGGGCAACCCGUCCGAAUGGUGGCGCUGUCGCGCCCGCGAUGGCAAGCAGGGCUAUCUCCCCAGCCCGUACCUCGAACCGAUUCAGAGACCGGCCCAGCGCCCCACGGCGCAAAUCACAGAGGGCGCAGCAGCGGCGUCCGCACCCGGAAGUCGGAGCGCCACCAUGAAGGGAUCCGAACCCGUCGGGGCUGCGAGGAAGCUUUUGGACGACGCUGAGCGCACUAAGAGUUUGAGUUCGAUCUAUAAUCCCGGCAUGAACGCCCCUAAUCCCGUGCCAGUGGCGGCGGGGAACUCGAAGGGCCCAGAAGUCAAAGGGGGCCCUGGCGACAUCUCGGCCGAAAGUUUCCAGAAGAGCGCGUUUUACUCUUGA